AUUGGAUAUGUCAAAGAAGAGGAAAAUAUCCCCAGUUGCAGUGGUAGCGGACACUAUCAUGAAUUACAAACCUGACAAUUCAACUGUAAUAAAAACUGAGAUUAAAACUGAGCAGGAGGAGUUAGAAGGUAAAUCUCAUGGUUUUCUUUGUCCGAAAUGUGAAGCCCAUUUUCUGUACGAGGAGUACUUUUGUAAUCAUGUCAGAGAACAUCAUGAAGAUAUUAGCAGUGUAAGUAAUUUGGAUUCUGAGGUGCUGGAAAAUUCCACAAAAUUGGCAGGAAAGUUGAUAAAUCCAAUAUCAGGAGAGAAAUCUCUCAAGUGCAAUGAUUGCUCCUUAUCUUUCUCUUACAAAUCUAGUCUCAGAAGACACCAGCGUAUCCAUACUGGAGAGAAACCUUUCAACUGUAAUGAAUGCUCCUUAUCUUUCUCUCGGAAAUCUCACCUCACAACACAUCAGCGUAUUCACACUGGAGAGAAACCGUUCAAGUGUAAUGAAUGCUCCUUAUCUUUCUCUCGAAAAUCUAAUCUCACAACACAUCAGCGUAUCCACACUGGAGAGAAACCUUUCAAGUGUAAUGAAUGCUCCUCAUCUUUCUCUCACAAAUCUACUCUCAGAAGACACCAACGUAUUCACACUGGAGAGAAACCUUUCAAGUGUAAUGAAUGCUCCUUAUCUUUCUCUCGAAAAUCUAAUCUCACAACACAUCAGCGUAUCCACACUGGAGAGAAACCUUUCAAGUGUAAUGAAUGCUCCUCAUCUUUCUCUGAUAAAUCUGCUCUCACAAAACAUCAGCGUAUCCACACUGGAGAGAAACCUUUCAAGUGUAGUGAAUGCUCCUUAUCUUUCUCUCAGAAAUCUAAUCUUAGACGACACCAGCUAAUUCACACUGGAGAGAAACCUGUCAAGUCAAAAGAGUGA